GGGGGCCAGUCGGAAGCUAAACGCUCUCUGUUGCCGAUUCUCCUCCGUGAGACGUUGAUAGCUACCUAGAUACAUUCAUCAGUUUGGUCAAUUCACCCAACCUCUCGCCCUGGAAGAGAUUUAAUAUCACUUUUGCGGCUCUCUCAGACGUCGGCCCUCGCUCGUAGGCCUCACGCUUAUUGUGCAUGCUUCCCGUACAUGCAUCACCGGUCCAGCGAGCAACAAUGAACAGACAUGGCUACUCCAAUUCAGGCGCAUAUCCGCUGGGCGGGCGCUCCCAAUUUUCAAUCGAGCCUCACAAGUUCGCUCCACGUUCACAGCCCGCCAUGCGACGACGCCGUCAACUCAUGCUGCGACUAGCCUUGAUUGGCUCCUUUCUCUUGGCCGCUAUUUUCUUCUUCUUCCCCUCGACACGCCAGGCUAUUCUGCCUGCUCUAUCUCUUGGUCUGUUUUCCGGAAGCCAGCAGCUCCAGCUUGAGACUGUCAGAUACUACGAUCUUGCCAACGUCCAGGGCACCGCCAGAGGUUGGGAACGCGAAGAGCGCAUCCUUCUCUGCGCCCCUCUCAGAGAUGCCUCUCCUCAUUUGCCCAUGUUCUUCUCCCAUUUGCGCAACUUGACCUACCCGCAUCACCUCAUCGACCUGGCCUUCCUCGUUGGUGAUUCCAAGGACAACACUCUUACCCUCCUUUCCGAUCUGUUGGCCCAACUGCAGGCCAGCGAGAAAGAUGGCAUGCCCUUUGGUGAGGUCUCGGUCAUCGAGAAGGACUUUGGACAAAAGGUCAAUCAGGACGUCGAGAGUAGACACGGUUUCGCUGCUCAAGCUAGCAGAAGAAAGAGCAUGGCCCAAGCACGCAACUGGCUGUUGAGCGCAGCUCUACGACCCACACACAGCUGGGUCUAUUGGAGGGAUGUCGAUGUUGAGACUGCUCCAUUUACCAUUCUCGAAGAUCUGAUGAGACACAACAAGGAUGUCAUUGUUCCUAAUGUCUGGAGACCUCUGCCCGAUUGGCUUGGUGGUGAACAACCUUAUGAUUUAAACUCCUGGCAAGAGUCCGAAACUGCCCUUGCCCUUGCUGACACGCUCGACGAAGAUGCUGUCAUUGUCGAAGGUUAUGCCGAGUACGCAACGUGGCGUCCUCACUUGGCCUACCUGCGUGAUCCUUACGGCGACCCGGACAUGGAGAUGGAGAUUGACGGUGUUGGUGGUGUCAGUAUCUUGGCAAAGGCAAAGGUCUUCCGCUCAGGCGUUCACUUCCCUGCCUUCAGUUUCGAAAAGCAUGCAGAGACCGAAGGUUUCGGCAAGAUGGCCAAGCGUAUGCAAUACUCGGUGGUCGGUCUUCCUCAUUACACCAUUUGGCAUCUCUACGAGCCCAGCUUGGACGACAUCCGUCACAUGGAAGAAAUGGAAAAGGAGAGAAAGGCACGCGAAGAAGAGGAACUCAAAAACAAGGAGCGAAUGGACAAGAUCCAGUCUCAGUUUGACGAUACCGCUAGCGAGUGGGAGAAGGACAAGUCGGAAAUUGUCGAUGCACAAAAAGCGGCAGAUGCUGCAAAGGACAUUGUUGCAGAGGCUACAGAUGGUGCGGGAGCUGUCAAAGAUGCGGCCAAGGGUGUGGCUGGAGAUGUCAAAGACACUGCCAAAGGUGCAGCAGAUAAAGCCGAGAAGGCAGCCGAAGCAGUCGUGAAAGGAGAAGGCGCGGCGGCAGCGGCAGCCGGGCAAAAGAAGGAGGCCAUCAUCUAAGGAAUAUCGGGAGUUGUGCAUGGGUAUAAAUGAACAGGGAGGUUAAAUAUGUUGGUAUAUGUAUUUGCAAAAAGCGAAUUAGAGGAACUUGAUGAUGAAGGA